AUGGCUUCACAACAAGACACCUUUAAGAUAUUUGUUCUGAGACAUGGGCAAAGCGAACUGAAUCAUGAAAACAUCUUCUGUGGGUGGAUUGAUGCAAGACUAACCGAUAAAGGAAAGCAGCAGGCACGUAAUUCUGCCCAAUUGAUCAAGCAGUAUUGUGAUAAUAAUGAUGAACCACUACCGCAGGUGGGGUAUACGUCCCGUUUAGUACGUACACAGCAAACUAUGGAAGUGAUAAUGGAAGAAUUGGCCUUGAAGGGUGAUUUCUCUGUGAUUAGUGGUGACGUUCACGCUUUAAAGAAAAUUGAAUUGCCAGAUGAGCUCUUGGUUAAAGGUCAAUUACCAGUAUUACAAACUUGGAGACUUAAUGAACGUCAUUAUGGUGCUUGGCAAGGUCAGAGAAAGCCAAAUGUACUGAAGGAUGUUGGUGAUGAGGAAUAUAUGCGUAUUAGAAGAGAUUAUCAAGGGAAACCACCUUUAGUUGAUUUAUCAUUGGAGAUGGUUCAGCCUAAUGAAAAAGGAGCUGCAACAGGUUAUGAGUUUAAGGAGCCUAAUAGAACAGUUAAGUAUGCUACUGAGGAUGCAGCAGGAGAAACGUUACCAAUUAGCGAAUCCUUGGCUGAAGUUGUAACUAGAAUUAGACCAUUCUUGGAUGGUGUUGUGUUGAGAAUCGCCAAGAAAUACAAAUUGGAUUCAUGUAUUAUUGUAGGUCAUGGUUCUUCGGUGAGAUCCUUAUUAAAAAUUAUUGAGGAUAUUACCGACCAAGAAAUCAAGAACGUCGAUAUACCUAAUGGUAUUCCUUUGGUCAUUGAAUUCGACAAAAAUGACCUGAGUUUUAUCAAGAGUUUUUAUUUGGACCCAGAAUCUGCGAAGAUUAAUGCUGCCAAAGUCCGUAAGGAAGGGUUUGAGAAGAACCCAUAA